UUUUUAUUAUUAUUUUUAUUAAUUUUUUUUCUUCCUAUUUGUUUUCAUUUUAAUUUUCAAAUAUUUAUUUCCUGUACGUCAAACGUAAAGGGGGUCCCCCUUUCAUGGAAUGCGGCAACAUGGGACUUUUUGACCGUGGUGUUCAAAUGCUAUUGACGACCGUGGGCGCCUUUGCCGCUUUCAGCCUGAUGACAAUAGCGGUUGGCACUGAUUAUUGGUUGUACUCCCGCGGAGUCUGUAAGACCAAAACCGUGAGCGAGAACGAAACCAGCAAGAAGAACGAAGAAGUUAUGACUCACUCUGGGUUGUGGAGAACGUGUUGCUUAGAAGGGAACUUUAAAGGCCUGUGCAAACAGAUAGACCACUUCCCUGAAGACACAGACUACGAAGCGGACACCGCUGAGUAUUUCUUACGUGCUGUCCGUGCUUCCAGUAUUUUCCCAAUCCUCAGCGUCAUCCUGCUCUUCAUGGGUGGGCUGUGUAUCGCUGCCAGUGAGUUCUACAAGACGCGACACAACAUUAUUCUCAGCGCUGGAAUCUUCUUUGUUUCUGCAGGCCUGAGCAACAUUAUUGGGAUCAUCGUGUACAUAUCAGCCAACGCGGGGGACCCUUCCAAAAGUGACUCCAAGAAGAACAGCUACUCCUACGGCUGGUCCUUCUACUUCGGAGCCCUGUCUUUUAUUAUUGCCGAGAUGGUGGGAGUGUUGGCGGUCCACAUGUUCAUCGACCGGCAUAAGCAACUGCGGGCUGGAGCCCGGGCCACCGACUACCUUCAGUCAUCUGCCAUCACCCGCAUCCCCAGCUACCGUUACCGCUACCGACGCCGCAGUCGGUCCAGUUCCCGGUCGACUGAACCCUCUCACUCUCGGGACGCCUCUCCCGUAGGCCUGAAGGGCUUUAACACCCUCCCUUCUACUGAAAUCUCUAUGUAUACUCUGACCCGGGACCCCCUGAAAUCUGCCCCCACUCCGACAGCCACUUACAAUUCGGAACGAGAUCACAAUUUUCUGCAGGUGCAUAACUGCAUCCAGAAGGACUUGAAAGAUUCCCUGCACACGAACACGGCGAACCGGCGCACCACUCCUGUAUGAGCAGUCGAGCAAAGUAGAGCAGGAGGAGGAGGAGGAACGUGUGCAAAAGAGAGAGAGCGAGAGAGUGAGUGUGAGAAAGAGAGAGUGAGUGUGAGAAAGAGAGCGUGAGAAAGAAAGAGAGAGAGAGAGAGCGAGCGAGCGAGAGAGAGUGUGCUACCCAAACCCACUGAGUCCAAGCCUAAAGUUACAGAAACGCCGGAUUAAGUAGGAAUAAAACAGAAGAGUUUCCACUCAAACACACACAAGAAGAGUCCAGAAAAAAACAACAUUUCCGAUAUAUAUAUAUAUAUAUA